ACCACGAACGGUCACUCUUGUGGAUGACCCGUCGGCGACUUAGCGUCCACGGGGAUCGAACGGCGGAUCCUAAUUUAUGGGUAAACGAGGGCUUCUCUAGUUGCGGAUAUCUUUCUUUCCUCAGAUUCCCGUCUUCUCCUCGUUUCUCCUGGUAGUCGAUUGGACUGAGAUCAAAGCCCUCCAAGUUUCUUUUCCACAGGAAAUAGUUGUAAGCUGGAUCAAGUUGGAUUUAUCGUACAUUUAGACCAGCUACAAUGUGGUUGAACAGAGAUUCUUGGCGUUGGGCUUUGGGUUUGAUAUGCAUAGUUGCAGUAGCUACUAUAUGGAUUGCUGCUAGUUAUAUAGUUAAAUCAGUUGUAGAUUCUGGUGUUUCUCCUUUUCUAAUAACCUAUAUAUGCAAUUCAUUGUUCGUGGUACUUAUACCAAUUGUGGAGAUUUCUCGGUGUCUUGAGGAUACAUUGGAGAAUUCUUGGUACUGGUUCAGAAGCAAGAAUGAUUCAGACGGGCAACAAUCAGAUAAUCUGGAGAAUGUAAAUCUUCUAGUGGAGAGUUGUCAUGAUGCUGGACCACUUGUUAUAAUGAGUCAUAGUCAGCGGGAAAUUGUUUCUGUGGUUGAUUCUAGACUUGAAGAUUCUGUCUCUAGCAAUGCAUUCACUGAGCAAGAACGAUAUGUGAUCACUGAUGAAUGCAGGAAAGAAGUGGAUGCGAAGGGGCGCUGGACUCGCACUCGUGUAGCUAAAGUCAGCCUGCUGAUAUGCCCUUUUUGGUUCUUUGCUCAAUUGACAUUUAAUCUCUCUCUUAAAUACACGACUGUGACGUCAAACACUAUUUUGAGCAGCACUUCUAGCCUUUUCACUUUCUUGGUUGCUCUGGCAUUUUUAGGAGAAAAGUUCACAUGGGUGAAGCUAUUUAGUGUCCUUCUCUGCAUGGGAGGAACAAUAAUAGUCAGCUUAACUGAUUCAAUUUCAGGAAUUAAUGCCAUUGUGACCAACCCUCUUCUUGGAGAUAUUCUUGCUCUCGUUUCGGCAGGGCUAUAUGCUGUUUAUAUCACCCUGAUUCGGAAAAAAUUGUCUGAUGAGAAAGAGGGAGAAGGUCAAGCUAGCACCGCUCAGUUUCUUGGAUUUCUUGGUUUGUUUAAUCUGCUGAUCUUUCUUCCUGUUUCGUUAAUGUUGGAUUUCACAAAGCUAGAGCCAUUUCACAAGCUUAGUUGGAAGCAAUUUGGUCUUAUUGUUGGAAAAGGUUUGCUGGAUAAUGUGCUGAGCGAUUACUUGUGGGCGAAGGCCGUUCAUCUAACUACAACAACUGUUGCAACAGCUGGUCUCACGAUUCAGGUUCCAAUAGCUGCUGUUGUGGAUUCACUUACAGGCAAUGCUCCUCGCCUCAUGGACUACGUUGGAGCGGUUGCUGUUUUGGCUGGUUUUGCUGGGAUCAAUGUCCCAUCUGAUGAUCUCUGUGGAGCUCAAGUUAUUCAAGAGGAGCAGGAAACUACAAGCACUGUUGUGGCUGACGAGAGAUGAUAUUGAUGAAUCAAUCAACAUAUCAUCUAAGUCAUCUAUGUUCUUAUUUUCAGUUCAUCAUGUCAGCCAGCUACAUCAUAGAACAUCGAAAUCCUGGGCUGCCCGCAAUAUUUGAGCAUGAUAUGAAGGGAUUACAAGGAAGUUGCUCAGUUUGUUCCUCUACCCCAUUGUUGCUGGUUCGAAUGGAUCAUGUCUUCAACUAUACUCUGAUAUUUCGUGGGUACGACAUGAAAUUUUGUACACGUGUUUUAUCUUCUGACACACUUUUUGGAAACUGGCAAGAUUUUUUUUGUAAAAGAAAAUAUGUAAUAAUUGGUUUAAUUGAGAAGAACAUUUGAUUGCCAA